AGAGAGAGGAGAGAGAGAGAAUGGGGCAGAGGACACCAGUGAGCGCUAGGCUUCAAUUUACACCUCCAUCUCGGCUUCUUGGCUCGAAUGAUGACGAGCUCGAGAGAGCUCAAGCUAGGGCAGAACGCCUUCUCGCCAGUAGGAGGAAGUCUUUUGUGGGGCGCCCUGAUUUCAACUCUGCUCAUUUCCACGGUGAUGAUGACCUCCUCGACAAAGACCAGAUCCUGCAACUCUUCAACAAUUGCAUCAAACUUGCAAGCGAGAAUAAAAUUAACCAGAAGAACACAUGGGAGCUCAGCCUCAUCGAUCAUCUCAGCGACAUUAUAAAGGUUGAGGAUGAUGAUGCUGAGACCAAUUUCCAGAAGGCAAGCUGCACACUUGAAGCAGGGGUAAAGAUCUAUUCCUUGAGGGUUGAUUCAGUUCAUUCUGAGGCUUACAAGGUCCUUGGUGGAAUCAACCGAGCAGGUCGAGAAGAUAAUGAUUCAGGGCGUGUUGUUCAGGAUGAUGAUAUUGAUGCUGGUCAGGAAGGUGCUGCUUAUAAGAAGGAGCCCGAGAAGAAGUCAUCACCAUUAUCGACAUUGGAGUCAUCCUUUGAGGCCCUUAACAUAAAGAAAUUCGAUGUGGCAUUCACUGUUGAUCCCUUGUAUCAUCAAACCUCUGCACAAUUUGAUGAAGGGGGUGCCAAGGGUCUUCUGCUGAACAAUCUUGGAGUAUAUGGUGGUUGCCGUGUUGUGUUUGAUUCAUCUGAAGCCCCAGGAAAGAACAUGUCAUGUGCUACACAAAGCCAAAACUCCGAUGUCAUUGACAUAUCUUUUGCAAGAGAGUACAUUGAGCAGAUGAUGAUGGACUGGCCUGCCAAAAAUGAAAUCUCUCCAACCCUUAAUGAGAUUAUCAAGCUUUUCGAUGAACAUAAUCAAAGACCUGGGAAUUACUUUCCUACAACCGAGAAAGCUAUGGGGCAUGAGUUUUAUCUCGCUGAAAAUGUUGAUGAGUACGACGAUGAUGGGUUCAACAAUCAUGAGCCUUUGAACUUUGACAAUGAUGACCAGGCCAGUGUAGUUGAUGAUGUCUUGGCCUCCAUGGGUUCAAACAUAGAGAGUUAUAAUCAGGAUGCUUUUGGUGAUCCUUAUGUGCUCCAUGAAGCUGAUAAUGAAGAAACAAGUGAGAGAACAGCUGAAUUUUUGCUCCCAGGCUUGGGAUUUCUUUCAAAAUCAAACGCUUGGGCUGGUCCUGAUCAUUGGAAAUUUAGGAAAGUGAAAGGUUCAGAGGAGGUUCUGGAUUCUUCAAACAAUCCCCUGAUGGAAACAAAGCGGCCAAAGAACAAAAAGCAAGAACCCUCUUUUAUUGAUUUCACAAAGUCUUUUGAGUUGGAGAGACUAGAUUAUUUUAAUCCUCCUAAAAAUCUAAAGACAUUAUUAUUGCCUGGUAAUAAUGCUCCUUGCAACAGCACUCUUCCAGAGGAUUGUCACUAUCAACCUGAGAAUCUAGUUAAAUUGUUUCUGCUUCCAUGCGUCAUGUGCAUUGGAAAGAAAAGAAAAAAAACCUUUGCUUUUACUGAAGACCUCAAUACAUUUGAAUCGGUACCAUCAUGGGAUGCAGCAAGUGACAUUUCUUCUCACCAUGACAAUGAAAAUAUUCAUAGCGAUAAUGAAGACUCAAGUGAUCUAGUUUCUAAACCUCGGCAGGUGAACAAAAUUGAAGUCCAGUAUGACAAGACUUCAAAACAAGUUGAUGUUCAUUCUUUGAAGGGGACGCUUUGGGAAUGCCUUCAAAACUCUGUCGAAAAGAUUGUGGUGGGAAACAAGGCUGCAUUAUUAUUCAGCCAGGUGCUGAGAACUUUGCCACAAGACUGCCCUGCAGCUGCACCUGAAGAUAUUUCCCCUCACCUAUGUUUUAUAUGCUUGCUUCAUUUGGCGAAUGAGCAUGGCUUAACAAUUAAAGACUGUGCCACUUUAGAUGAGCUCUACAUCGAGAUGCCUCCUCGAACUGAAAGCAGUGUAGGGGUUGAGGAUGUUCAUCUAACAAAUAAUCAAGCACUGACUUUAUAGAGUAUAUGGGGCCCUGUAUAUCAAUGACAAAGGGUGUUCAUAUUCCUAGCGAGUGCUAGUAAUUCCUUUUUUGCUCGUCUCACCUUUCUUUCUGAGUGUAUGAUUUUGUGGUACAUUGUAUCUUCUUUAUACCUUUCAUUGGUUAUGCAAUUCUAGAUUGUCGGCAUUAAUAGGAGAUAUGUACUUUAUGCCAUGUAUCCUUAUUUAUGAAUAUUGCAAAAUGAAUUGAUACGGAAUGUGACUGCAAUUUGGAGAAA